CCUCCCCACCACCACAGCAGAGGCAAAACUCAGUCCCAGAACUAUGGACCGAAAGGCUGACCAAAGCAAGGUCGGGGAAAGAGGUGAGCCCAGCUCCCAAUGUGGGCUUCAGCUGGGACCCUCAGCAUGCUGCUAACUGUGAGUGGGGCCAGACUCCGUCCCGAAGAAAGCUACCUCAAGCCUGGAAGGGCUGCCGCUCGCCUCAGCAGGUCUCCGCCUCCAAAACACCCCAUAGUGUACCCUUAGGAUCUUGGAGGUGACUCUGCCAGAUAUCCAGGCUGAGGGUAGCCCCAGGCUUCGUGCAGAGGAGGGCCUGGAGUUGUCUUGGAAUAUGAGGAAGAGUAAAUAGAAAGGAACACAGAGUCAGCAGGAAAAGGCCGAACGAGGAAAGAAGCACCAGGAGGGAAGCCGCGGGCCGCAGAUGCGGACAAGGACAAGGGAGCGGCCAUGUGCCUGACACCGCGCUCUGUCCUAACGCACGCACGCACCCGUGCACUCAGACCGAGUCCCUCGUCCCUAAGAGCAGGGUCUCUGAGACCGGUGUUCCCCCCACCCGACCCACUCCCCUGCUCUAUCAGUAAACUUGCCAGCCACCACGCAUCUUAGUGAGUCUACACUGAUGGCCUGGGCCGCUGCGCAAGUCCCCGCCUGACCCCUACACUCUGUGAGAGGCAUUCUGUACAGUUUGAGUCUUAAGCCCUCUCCAAAAACUUGACCCAGCAUUAUGACUAACUCCAAACUCCCCCUAACUCAGUACAAACUGUCAAACCCGUAUCCAACUCAUUUCUAACUAUCACAGCAACAUAUGUCAUGAUAGAAAUUUGAAAGUCGAAAAUAGAAAGUAGAAGAAACGACUCGUGAGCUCAACACCUACCCAAGCUUAAAACCCAGACCAGCCCUACUCUCAGUGACAUGCCGUGCAUUACCCCAUCUGACAUCUAAAUCAACACAUUAAUAAACCUUAGCCCCAGCCAACCCUGUGCCUGUCCAAACCUCACCACAUCCCCCAGCUAGACUCAAACCUCAACCGCACUCAGUCAGCCAAAUCCCAAUAAACUAACCUGAAACUUUAAAAGUAACCCAGUCCUUAAACCUAACCUAGCCCCAUACCAAUUAUAGCCUUGCCUGAUCCUAACCCUAAUUGCCUUUACCCAGUCCCGGUGCCCGCUGACUCCUGGCCUAGUGCUCUUCACCUUGGCCCACACCUAAAAGCUGGGAAAAUCAUGUUUCCCAACUGCCUCUGGGUAUCUCCACAUUGUCAACCCCUGGCCUCUGGUAUCCCAGGAUGUCCAAACUCUCCGGCACCAUCAGCUGACAAGCCGAACCCAUCAGAUACAUCAUAUUCCCCCUCUUUCUCUCUUUCACAUCCCCCACCCCGACCCUCUUUACCGUAGGUUCAUCAGAAGACCUCACUCGGGUCAAACUUUUCCCCAUCCAACCUCCUAGAUAAGGACAGGGCAAACCUCCACCCCACAGCUCCACACCCAGGAAUCCUGUUCAAGAAUGUACCCACCACUGACUGCAUGAGCCAGCCCUCUGUCCUUCAGCCUGACCCCCUUCAAGCCUACCCCUUGCCUCCUAUGGCUCUCUGUGUGGACUCAUCUCAGGGCGGCCUGUCUCGUGCCCUUCCCGGGGCUGCCUGCUGGCAGCUGGCAGAGAGACAUGUGCUGUUUCCCACCCCUUGGCUCCCUAAACUGCAGAGGGUCUGGAUUCAGAGUCCCUAGGCCUGGUCCCGUCCCUCCACGUACACACACAUAGGCAUCGGCAUACGUAUACUGGCUCUUUCUUAGCUGACACACAGAUAUGCUUUCCGAUAUAUACUGGUAGAUACACACACAGAGGCCAAGUUCUCGUCCUCAAACACAUACAUGCCUCCAUACACACACACACACACACACACACACACACACCCAGGCCAGGAACGCUCCCCUCCUCCAUCCCCCCUGCCUCCCAUCUGGCGGCCCACCCUCACCAACCCUGCGCCCGGCCCAAGGUGGGGACAGACACCUGAGGGGCUGCCAGCUGGGCAUCCUCCACUGGGCCUGGGCCCGCCCUCAUGUUUCUCGCCCCUCCUGCCCGCAGGGGACUCGUGGGGGAUGCUAGCUUGCCUGUGUGCUGUGCUCUGGCACCUCCCUGCAGUGCCAGCCCUCAACCGCACGGGGGACCCAGGGCCUGGCCCCUCCAUCCAGAAAACCUACGACCUCACCCGCUACCUGGAACACCAACUCCGCAGCUUGGCUGGGACCUACCUGAACUACCUGGGCCCCCCUUUCAACGAGCCUGACUUCAACCCACCUCGGCUGGGGGCAGAGACUCUGCCCAGGGCCACUGUCAACUUGGAUGUGUGGCGGAGCCUCAAUGACAAACUGCGGCUGACCCAGAACUAUGAGGCCUACAGCCACCUUCUCUGCUACUUGCGUGGCCUCGACCGCCAGGCUGCCACGGCCGAGCUGCGCCGCAGCCUGGCCCACUUCUGCACCAGCCUUCAGGGCCUGCUGGGCAGCAUCGCGGGCGUCAUGGCAGCUCUGGGCUACCCGCUGCCCCAGCCUCUGCCCGGAGCCGAGCCCACCCGGGCCCCCGGCCCUGCCCACGGCGACUUCCUCCAGAAGAUGGACGACUUCUGGCUGCUGAAGGAGCUGCAGACCUGGCUGUGGCGCUCGGCCAAGGACUUCAACCGGCUCAAGAAGAAGACGCAGCCCCCGCCAGCGGCGGUCACCCUGCACCUGGAAGCCCAUGGCUUCUGAUCUCUGACCUUUACCGCCUCCUCUCUCCUCUCCUCCCUCAAAUCCUGCUCCCACUCUGGGAGGGAGAAACCCGUAUGCCAACGUCUGUUGAGCCAGGAGGCAGAAGCCGUGGGCCUCUGGCCCUCUCCGGACUUGGAAGAGGGCACGGUCGACAGGGCCUGUCCCCUCCCCGCUUUCCAAAGCCCUGCAGGUCUCUUCCACAGGGAGGAGCGCUCCCGGGGGCAGUGGUUCAAGUUGGUGCGAAGGCUCUCGCGGCUUCCUGCUUCCUGCCCGGCGCUGGCCGGCGCCCACACGGCCCCUCACGCGGCACUUCCAGGAAGCAUGCCCGUAGGCAGGGAGGGGGGCCACCGCAGCAUGUGCCUUUCUGGGGCGGGGGGCGGGGGGGAGCCCUUUGGCUGCCCCACUCUCCUUGGAUGGGCGUCGUUCCCCUAUCCCCAAAUAGCUCAGUACAUCCGAUUCAGGAAACACACACGGUGGCAAGUCCAAACGGGAAGAAACGGGAUUUAAAAGCGGAAGAGGUGGGAUCUGCAUUGGAGGUCAUACUAAAAGCAUAGGGGCAGGGACAGAGCGGACCCACGGCUCACCAAGGCAGUCGGUGGCACAGGACGGCAGCCAAAAGGACCUUGCCUUGCAUCUUCUUGCCGGCAUCAUGGUGCCUCCUCUCCACCCCCUUUCCAGGGUAUCUGUGGGUUGCCCAGGCUGGGGAGGGCAACCAUAGCCACAGCCACAGGGUUUCCUGAAAGUUUACAUUGCAGUAGCAUUUCGGGGUGCGGGGGGCAGCUCCCCCAGGCCCUGCCCCCCAGCCUCACCCACUCAUGACUCUAAGUUUGUUGUAUUAAUAUUUAUUUAUUUGGAGAUGUUAUUUAUUAGAUGAUAUUUAUUGCAGAAUUUCUAUUCUUGUAUUAACAAAUAAAAUGCUUGCCCCGGGA